UUAUAAACUAAAGCGCGCCGAAAGUGGAAUUUUGCAAGUGAUGAAGUGCACUCUGGAGGGCGGCAAUGCGCGUGUCAUUGCCAAAGCCAUACAAUCGUUGUCUAAAGUUGGAAAAGAGCUGUUCAUAGAAGCUGAUGUCAAUGGACUUCGAAUGCGCUCCAUCAAUCCCACAGCAUCUGCUGUGGCCAACAUUAGCUUUAGUCGCUGUAUGUUUGAUACAUUUCAGCUACCAGCCAUCGGCAGCUUUUGCUGUAAAAUAGCAAUGAAGCCAUGUCUUAGCGUCUUUCGCAAUAUGAAACAGGUCGAAUACUGCGAAUUGAGCAUUGUGGGUAAUCAAUCUAAAUUGAAAGUCAAUCUACGCUGCAAGCUGGAAACUACAAAGCAAGCUGUCAUUUCAAUUAUGGAUGAAUUGAAUAUUACAUCGAAUGUGCCAACUGAUCAAAGCCUCAACAGCAUUCGGGGCGAUCACAAGUUAUUUAUGGAAAUCUCAAAUAGCUUCAAUUCUUCUGAAGAGGAACUUACGCUGGAGGCCACGCUGGACACUCUAUCAGCCAAGAACUACAUCGAAGGUGCUCGUGUCAAUGAUAAAUUUAUGCGAUCACAACUAAAACUGAAGCAUAGCGAAUUUGAGCAUUACCAAGUAGCUGAGGGCUCAGUUGUUACAUUUUGCAUCAAGGAAUUUCGCUCCUUUCUUCUCUUUGCUGAAGCAUUGAAUGCGCCAAUGACACUGGAAUUCGAUGAUGCUGGAAGUCCAUUCCUUGUAAAGAUUAAGAAACACAAUGACAUUGAGUGCUUGCUUAUCCUAUCAACUCUGUCGGCCGAAGAUGUUAGUAUCUCGGACGAUUAUCGACCACAAGAAAUAACUAUGCGUGAUCCAAAUAAUACAGCUCAAAAACGAAAAAGCAGCACACCUGGCCCAGAGAUUCAGCAAAAGCGCCGUUUGGCUGAAGAUACGACACUCUCCGACCUUGAUACGUCGCUGUUUCAAUUCCGCAAUCGCCGCACUGAGCGGCCAUCUGAGGCAGCUUCAGUUCAGCCAGCACGUAUGCUGGCAGAUGGUGACACUAUCGAUGUAGUUGAUGAAGAGGCCGAGGAGGAGGCAAUGUUGCUUGCCGUAUCAGAUGCCAUGGAGGCCAGCCAGAUACCUCGGCCGAGCAGCACUGAAGUGUGCUUCUACAAUACGGAGGAUGCGCCGCCGACAUUGAUGCCAGAGGACAACAAUGAGGAAGAUGAGAGCAUACCACAAUCUCCAGAACGGGAGCGCAGACAUAGGGUGCGCACUAUCUUCUCGCGAUGCUUUCAAAAUACCUAUGUGCCGCGCGAGCCUUCGCCCAACAGUCAGGUGUAUGCACCCAAUUCGGAUACAGAGGAUUAGCCUAUUUUGUUCGUUUAUUUAUAAGCAUUGCAUAAACGUAUGUACUUGCAUUACUGCCUCAAUUACUUCU